CACCUUUAAUUUGGAGUCAGCAAAGUGAUGCGGAAGUAGCAUGUAUGGCAGAUGCACGAAGAUGCUGUGCAGCAAGAGUGCAGUAACUCUGUUCAAUGAAUAAUGUUUAUUUAGGCCUAAUCUCCCUAAAUGGUUUUACGGUGAGACAAAGAUGGCGAGUAAAUAGCGUCUGAUCUUUAAGCCACCGCGCCCACAAGGUUUGUUUUCUUGUUUGUACUCUCAGCUGGAGCCAUUCCCACUCGUGUUGAUUUAUAUUUGGCUAGUUUUUCCUUCACCAUGCAAUAUUAACGCUUGUAUCCACUCACUGCUGUGCCCUGGUUGGUAAAAAUCCACGCUGCUCCUGUCCGGUAUGUUUUCCUUGCAGCUGAGGACUGUGGUUUUUGUGGCGUGGGUGUUGUUCUACGUGGGCUUUCUUCUCGCCGUCAGAAGAAUGUGGACGGGCAGGUACGUGCGCAGUCCCGUUGUGCGCGCCCUAUUAACUGUCAACACGAUGAGCGAGACGGUGGCUCAUGAAAAUGAAGAGUGGUACCGUUGCGUCCCGGACCUACUGGGGGACAAACUGCAGCCCUUCUUUGUUCAGAGUAGUCUGGACCGGGACACAAAAGCUUUCCUUAAACACAGCAUGGAAAAGUCUGGCUGGCUUUUCACUCAGCUCUACCAUUCAUUUGUGUCCACUGUCCUCAGCCCCAUGGUCUCACGAACAUCAAUCAACGGGUUCCUGAGUCGUGGGUCCAUGUUUGUGUUCUCAUCAGAGCAGUUUCAGCGUCUUCUCGGAGUAGGCCCGGAGUGGAGAGCUGAUCGACUGUUGGAUCUGGGGGCUGGUGAUGGAGGAGUCACUCAGAUCAUGAGCCCUCACUUCAAGGAGGUCUACGCCACUGAGGUCUCUCCGCCCAUGAAGUGGCAUCUGCAGAGAAAGAAUUACAAAUUACUGGGCAUAGAUGAAUGGCAUCAGACUGGGUUUAAAUAUGACCUUGUAAGUUGUCUAAACUUGCUUGACCGCUGUGACGAUCCUUUGGCUCUUUUGCGAGACAUACACGAAUCACUUGUCCCAAAAACUGGCAGACUCAUCCUGGCGGCAGUGGUGCCCUUCCAGCCUUAUGUAGAAGUUGGAGGGCAGUGGCAGCGCCCCAAAGAACAUGUAAAGAUUAAAGGAAAAACUUGGGAGGAACAAGUGACGAACUUGUCCACAGAGGUAUUUGAAAAGACUGGGUUUCAGGUGGAGGCAGUGACACGACUACCUUACCUCUGUGAAGGCGACAUGUACAAUGAUUAUUAUGUACUGGACGAUGCCGUCUUCGUUUUAAAACCAACAAAUCAAAGUCAGAACCAGUGAACACCAGAGGAUUAUGGAACUUAUUUAUAUCUGAUGAAGAAUCAAAAGGCAUUUUUUUCCCAAGACUUUCACAAGUUAAAACAUCCAGUAUUGUUUUAUUGUCAAAUUACAUGUGAAACACUCAAAAUAAACAUAACUAAUUACAUUUGGUGCAUGUUAGGGACUUGGGAACUUUAAUGAAAUUGUCAUAAGCGGGCAAACAUUUAUAUCAUUUGUAUAUGUUUAUGUGUUCUUUUGUUAAAAGUCAGAAGUGGGAAUCACUGCCUUAACAUAUUUAAAAUAGAAAUGAAACCAAACUCAUAGAAUAACAUUUAUUUAGUUAUCACCAUCUGUUCCAGAACUCCCAAUGCACUGUGUAGCCAAAGGACUCUGGACUUAAUCAUUUCUGAGAGACAACUUGAAAAAACGUGACACCCCUAGAGAAUUAUGCCAUGUUUAGAAAUGUCUAACUACAAUGAGAAUGCCAGGCUUCAUCAUGUUCAAAUGAUGUGAGAGGUCCAGGGAAAAGACUCUUAGACUUGCUAACAUGCAACUAAAUCCAGUUGGUGGCGUAUAGAGGCUGAACUGUGCCAUGUUUCGUGUUUCAGUUGAAUUGUUUAAACAUUAAAUAAAGACUACUGUUUUCUGAUUAA